AUGUACAAGGCACCAGUCCUCCAUGCUUCCCUCGUCAAAAAUGGGCUCAUUGCCCAUGUCUAUCAAUGCAACAUCCUCCUUCAGGCCUACAUCAAUUCCCAAGCCUUGUCUGAUGCCCACAAGCUUCUUCACUUCAUGCCUCAACCCAGUGUGGUUUCAUAUAACACCAUCUUAUCAGGCUACUUCAAAUUUGGUUUAGUCUCUGAAGCUAUUAAGCUCUUUGAUGGAACCUCCAAAAGGGACUGCCAUUCAUGGAACAUAGUUUUAUCUGGGUGUGUAAAAAACCAUAAAUUGGGAGAAGCCUUGACCCAUUUCAUGAAAAUGCGUUGCAGUUCUGUUAGGCCUGAUAGUUUCACGUAUGCUAUUAUUAUUCCAUGUUGUGAUUUGGGAUUUGGCCAACAAGUGCAUGCAGAUAUUGUUAAGGUUUGUUCAGAUUUGGAUGCUUUUAUAGGCACCAAUCUUCUUAGGAUGUAUGUGGAAGUUGGGGAGAUUGGGGAUGCAAGGAAAGUGUUUGAUGGAAUGCCUAGCAGAGGUCUGGUUACAUGGAAUGCCAUGAUCUCUUGUUAUUCCAAGUAUGGAAGGGGUGACAAGAGUAUAGAGCUAUUUAGACAACUUGGUAGAGAAGGGAUUUCUGCUGAUGAGUAUACUUAUGCUAUAGUUUUGAAUGAGUUUGCAGCUCGCUGGCAAGUUUUUGAAGCAAUGCAAGUCCAUUCAUUGAUCAUUGAACGUGGUUUUUGCUCUGAUCGAUUUACUAACAAUGCCUUGGUAAACUUAUAUUCAAAAUGUGGUUAUGUAGCUUCAGCUUCUCGUUUGUUUGAGGAGAUACCUGACCGGGAUGUUGUUUCCUGGACAGUAAUUAUUGUUGGGUUCUUGCAAAGCGGGCACAUGGAGGAAGCAAUGUGGUUGUUUUACCAAAUGCAGUUAGGUGACAUAGAGCCAAAUUCUUUCACUUUUGGUGGGUUGCUUGGUGCUUGUGCUGAUGCUAAUGCAUUCCAAAAGGGAAGACAUUUCCAUGGACUUGUUUUGAAGUUUGGGCUACUAGGGGCUGAUGUUGUUGUAGGAAGUGCAGUUGUGGAUAUGUAUUCAAAGUGUGGUGAGAUGGGGGAUGCAUUGAGGGCGUUCCAGGAGAUGCCAGAAAGAGAUAUCGCUUCAUGGAAUGGAAUUAUAUGUGGGUAUGCUCAGAAUGGUGCGGGAAUGAAGGCCUUGAAGCUUUACAAUGAGAUGGUGCAGCUGGGGCCAUCCGGUAUUGCCCCAAAUGAGGUCACUUUUGUUGGUGUGCUCUGUGCAUGCAGCCACAAUGGCCUGUUAAAAGAGGGUUAUAGUUACUUCAAGGAAAUGGUUGACAAGCAUCUGAUCAAGCCCAAAGCUGAGCAUUAUACAUGUAUGGUGGAUUUGCUGGGACGAGCCGGGCUAUUGCAGGAGGCUGAGGCACUUAUUUUAGCACUGCCCAUUAAACCAGACAAUGUGAUGUGGGGUGCCUUGCUAGGAGCUUGUAAAUUACAUGGGGAUGUACAAAUGGCAAGGCGUACUGCAGAACAUCUUUAUACCAAUGAACCGCGCAACUCUUCAAACUACGUGCUUCUCGCCAACUCAUACACAGAUAUCGGUGAAUGGGGUGAAGCAGUAGAGAUCAGGGAGGUGAUGGAAGCAAGAGGAGUUGAGAAGACUGCAGGAUGCAGUUGGGUUGAGAUAGGAACAUGCAUGCAUUCAUUUCUAGCUGGUGAUGAGCUACAUCCUCAAAUUGAAGUGGCUUCUCAAGUUUUACAAAGAUUGUAUCUCCAAAUGAGAGAGAGGUAUGAGCAUGAUGAGGUGAUUUAUUCAUUGAAUUGA